AUGCCGCACAAUUCCAAGCCGUCGUCACUCCCCCACCGCAACGUCAUACUCUUUCUCCAUCUAUCUGGCCAAGAACCCGCGGAUAUCGAUAGACGUAUGAAGGAAGUUUACAAGGAGCACACCCCCGCUAGAAGUACGGUCUACAAGUGGCACUCAAAGCUCGCGUCAGGCGACUAUUCCAUUGAAGAUCAAUAUCGUUCGGGACGCCCGAUGGAGUUGGUUUUGGUCUUGCUGCGGAGACAGGUGGAAGCCGAUCCGUUUCAAACCACUCGCGAACUGACAGUCGCCCUUGGGAUGGGUCAAACCACAGACUACCACAGAGUAGUCGAUGAGUACCACAUGCUCUGA